AUGGAAGCCGUGGGCCAAAAGCUGUUGGAUUUCUCACAGCCGAUUGAUGUCGCGGCGUUGGAUCAAGUCGUGCUUUGCAUGAACGAUCCCAAGAGUCCGCAUCAGCGUGUUGCCAAUCAAAUUAUGGUGGCGCUGCAGGAACACCAGGAUUCCUGGACGCGCGCGUCUGAUAUCCUGGAGCAGUCAAGCAGCAUUCAAACCAAAUUUUUUGGACUACAGAUUUUGGAAGAUGCAAUUCGAUACCGUUGGAAAAUUUUGCCGAAGGACCAACGUGAGGGAAUCAAGAGCUAUAUCGUGGGAAAACUGUUAUCAAUGUCAUCGGAUGAGUCGAUUCUCCAUAGCCAGCGUAUGUUUGUAAACAAGAUGGAUUUAGUGCUGGUACAAGUGCUGAAGCACGAGUGGCCGCAGAGCUGGCCCUCAUUUAUCUCGGAUAUCGUCAGCUCGAGCAAAACAUCGGAAAUUAUGUGUGAAAACAACAUGACGAUUCUUAAGUUGCUAAGUGAAGAGGUCUUUGACUUUUCCAAAGAUCAAUUGACGGAGCAAAAGACCAAAACGCUUAAGGAAAGUCUCAAUCACGAGUUUACGCAGAUCUUUCAGCUCUGCGAGUUUGUGCUUAACAAGUCGACACACAUUCCACUUCUCCAAAUUACGCUGCAGACGCUACUUCGCUUCUUGAGCUGGAUUCCAUUUGGUUUUAUAUUUGAGACGGAUCUCAUUAAAAUACUCGUCACGAAAUUUCUGGCUACAAACAUGUUUCGCAACGAUACCAUCAGUUGCUUGAGUGAAAUUGCCCAGUUACGUGAUGUACCAGAGCAAUACAACAGCAUUUAUGUACAAAUGUACAUGGGUGUGCUUAACGAAGUGGGCAAGAUUCUGGCGCCCGGCGCUUCGUUUACGCCCUUUUGGGAACAAGACGAGGUCUUCGUGCAGCGCUUAAGUAUCUUUUUCACCAGUUUUUUUCGAUACCAUAUUCAGGUUAUUGAGCGACCCAUUGCUGCACCGGGCGAUGAAGUUCAUCAAGCGCUAUUGGCAGGGUUCACAUAUCUCGUAUGCAUUGCUGAAGUGGAUGAUGAUGGCAUCUUCAAGAUUUGCUUGGACUACUGGCACUUUUUCACGCGCGACUUGUAUACAGUGGACCAAAAUCAAAUGAAUCCACUCGCGGGCUUUCAAAAUCAACUGCGUAGUCGCCGUCAACUCGUGUCUCCGGUCAUGAACCGUGUGCGUCACGUUAUGAUUUCGAAGAUGGUGAAACCCUCAGAAGUUCUGAUUGUUGAGGAUGAAAAUGGGGAGAUUGUACGCGAGACGACGAAAGACACUGAGGCGCUAUCUCAGUACAAGACGAUGCAUGAAACAUUGGUGUAUUUGACGCAUUUGAACUAUGACGACACAGAGACAAUUAUGCUGGAAAAGCUUACGGCACAGGUUGAGGGCACUGAGUGGUCGUGGAACAACUUAAAUACGCUGUGUUGGGCAAUUGGGUCCAUUUCUGGCGCAAUGAGUGAAGAAAACGAGAAGCGUUUUCUUGUGACAGUAAUCAAAGAUUUGCUGGGGCUAUGUGAAAUGAAGCGUGGCAAAGACAACAAGGCUGUGGUCGCGUCCAAUAUCAUGUAUGUUGUUGGCCAGUACCCCCGCUUUUUGCGAGCUCACUGGAAAUUUUUACGCACAGUGGUCAAUAAGCUUUUUGAAUUUAUGCAUGAACUUCACCCUGGUGUGCAAGACAUGGCAUGUGAUACAUUUCUGAAGAUCUCACAAAAGUGCCGUCGUAAGUUUGUGGUGCUACAGAGUAAUGAAACGCGUCCAUUUGUGGAAGAGCUUCUGGAAGAGCUACCGCGAAUUGUGUCGGACUUGGAAACACACCAGGUGCACACAUUUUACGAGGCUGUGGCGUCAAUGCUCGCUGCUGAAAAUGAUGCUGGCCGUAAGGAAGUGCUCCUUGGUCGCUUGAUGAGCCUUCCAAAUGAAGCCUGGAAAUCCAUCAUGUCUCAAGCAUCACAGGAUGUCAAUAUCCUUUACGACAGUCGAGGGAUCAAAGAAAUCAUCAAGAUCAUUCGAACGAACGUCAAAGUUUGCAAAGCCAUUGGGCCGAAUGGAUUUAACUCACAAAUGGGGUACAUUUUUCAAGAUAUGUUGAAUGUGUAUGUGGCGUACACGCAACGCAUAUCUCUGAUGGUGGAACAGGGUGGAGAAAUCGCCGUUAAGACUUCCGAGGUGCGCUCACUUCGAGGUGCAAAGAAAGAAAGUCUGCGUCUCAUGGACGCGUUUGUCGAACAUGCGGCAGGUGAUGACUCGUCUCGGCAGUUUGUUGCAACGCACUUUUUACCAAAGCUCCUUGAAACAAUCCUUUCAGACUACCAAAACACGACGCCUACAGCAAAAGAAGCUGAAGUUUUGAGCUUGCUGGCGACAAGCAUCAACAAGUUGAAAAACAUUAUUGCACCCACCGUUCCCAUAAUUCUCGAGGCUGUAUUUGAGUGUACGCUUCAAAUGAUUACCAAAAAUUUUGAAGACUUUCCCGAGCACCGAGUAAACUUCUUUAAACUGCUUCAAGCCGUCAAUGAUUUCUGCUUCGAGGCGCUAUUUAGUAUUCCACAAGAACACCAGAAGCUGGUGGUAGAUUCAAUUAUCUGGGCAUUUAAGCAUACGGAGCGUACCGUUGCCGAUACGGGUCUCGCGACGCUGUUUGCCCUGUUGCUAAAUAUUCAAGAGAAUCCGCAGGUCGCCGCUGGAUUUUACCGUUCUUUCUAUCUGCUGCUGCUACAAGAUAUUCUCGCCGUCUUGACCGAUCGCUUGCACAAGUUUGGCUUCAAGCUGCAUGCUGCAAUCUUGCGUCACAUGUUUUCAAUUGUGGAAAAUAACCAUAUUACUGUACCUUUGUGGGAGUCUGCCCCGAGCACUGGUGUCGUGCCUCCUGGACAGACGAAUUCGGCCUUCCUGAGAGACUACGUGGCCAAUUUGAUUGGUUCAUCCUUUCCGAACUUGUCGCGUGCGCAGGUGGUGGAGUUUGUAGUGGGCUGUUUUGAUAUGUCGAGAGACUUGGCGACAUUUAAGAAGCAUUUGCGUGACUUUCUGGUCAACAUAAAGGAAUUUGCUGGUGAAGACAAUGCCGAUCUGUUUCUAGAGGAAAACCUGGCACGAGCUCAAUUGCAGGAAAAGCAAGACCUAGCAGCAAAGUUGGCAGUGCCUGGUUUAGUGAACCCGAGCGAACGUCCAGACGAUAUGGCUGAUCUGUAG